AUAAAGUGUUCAGUCGGAGACUUGUUCGCGUAACUGCUUUAAUCUUUCGCUGGUUAAAUCAUCCGCGUUAGUUACUGAAGGUUAAAUAAAUAACUUUUCGGCUUAAUAUGAAGUUAUGAUAUUAAUUACCACAAGGCAAUAAACUGAGUUAUAAGUAGUGAAUAACAAACGUAGAAUAAAAGACAUUUUCAAGAUGAAGAACUUGUUUUUGUAUCAACAACUUUGCAUCUGGACAUCGCUGAUUUUUACAGUUCUAGUCUCGGCAAACACGUUACCAAAGAAGAACAAAGAUGUAGUCGAAGGAGAAAUGGUUCGUCUCCAAUGUCGGUUCAACCCGGCGCUUUCUUCAGGGACGAUCUUAUAUUAUUGGAUAAGAACAAACAAAGAUGGUAAAGACAACGCUGCCAUUAGCGGCGUGGCCUUAGAUCCACAUUACCAAGUUGAAUUUGCUCCCAAUGAAGGCAGAUAUGACUUACUUAUCUCACAUGCUAAAUAUGAUGCAGACAAUGGUCACUUUGAGUGCAAGUUGAAGGAAGGUGGUAGUGGAGCCGAUAUCUACAACAUGGCCUUUACAGUCACAGUGCUCAUUCCGCCAGGACCACCAAAUAUAAUCCCUACAAACCCUACGGCAAAAGAAGGUGAGCCAUUCACUCUCACGUGCUCCAGCGAAGGAGGUAGCCCUGAUCCUCUCAUCCAGUGGUAUCGGGAAGGAACUCCACUACAAGGGCAGUUACAGAAGGGAGGAUCACGAGAUAAGCCUACUUCAAGUGUUUUGAAGAUAUCACCUAAAAUGGAAGAUGAUGGCGCCACCUAUCGGUGUGCUGUAUGGAAUAGAGCAAUUCGCGAAGAACAGAGACUUGAAACAAGUGUUACACUAAAAGUGCAUUUUUUUCCAAGAGUAACAGUUGGACCAUAUAACCCCUUGAACAUACUUGUGGAUAAAGAAGCUAUUCUGACUUGUUCAGUUGAAGCUAGUCCUUCUGUUCAUUCUGUACGCUGGGUGAAAGACAAUCAGCUGUUGUCUAACGCUUAUAACCACACCAUCUUGGCAGUAACUCCAGAUGACAGUGGAAUUUAUACUUGUAUUGCAGAUAAUGGAGUUGGAAAAGCAAGUCAACGCAAUCUGGAGCUGUCUGUUUUAUAUGGCCCACGAGUGAUGGUGGAGAAGCACAAAGAAGUUUCUGUGGGUGAUUCCAUAUCCAUUAAGUGUAAUGUAGACUCCAGCCCACCUCCCCAUUCGCUACUGUGGCGAAAGGAAGGAGACCCUUUUUUCCAGCAGAAUGGUGAUACCUUGCAGUUGAGUGACGUCAAUGCUGAUCAUUCUGGGAAGUAUGUUUGCCAGGCAACCAACAUUUUGAAACCAGCUGGUUCUGUAGUUCAGAAAGAAAUGACAAGCAAUGCAUCAGUUACUAUUCUUGUCCAACAUAAACCAGGAGAUGUUGAAAUUGUCCCUCAAAAUCCAGUGGCAGUAGCUGGAAAGCCUUUUACUUUGACUUGUUUAGCACAACCUCCUGGAUGGCCUCUGCCAGAGUAUCGGUGGUGGAAAGAAGACAGAAAAGGCACAGACUUGGCAAGAAAAGUAAAUUAUACAAUCAUGUCUGUACAUCUGAGCCAUGAAGGUCAUUACUACUGUCAACCCCAAAAUUUGCUUGGUCCAGGCAACAUUGGAUCUGUUUAUCUUACAGUUCAAGAACCUACUUCCAUCAUCAUGUCUUUGAGACCACAAGUCAUUAAGCAAGAUGGAGAUGCCAGUUUUAGUGUAACUUGUAAGGCUCGUGGGAAACCUAAACCUCAAGUUAAAUGGCAAAAAAAUGGACAAGAAAUCACAAGAGAAAAUAGUUUAUUCUACAUUGAAACAACUGAGCAAAUUGAAGACAAAAAUGCAUACAUUGUGAAAAGUACAUUGGAAUUUCAGGGGACUGGGAAACAGCAAGAAACAAUUUCCCCUGAAGACAGGGGUCGAUAUUCUUGUGAAUUUGACAAUGGUUUUGGAGAACCAAUAAAGUCAGAAAUGCUGCUUCAAGUAGAACAUUCUCCAGUUGUACAUCAUACCUAUAGUGUAGUAGCUUAUGAUAUGGGAGAAACCGCUGUUCUUCAGUGUAAAAUGCAGGCCUAUCCUGAACCCACUUUUGAGUGGUAUUUCAAGGGACGUAUCUUAGAGAACUAUGGAAAUUACAAAACAAAUGUUACAGAUAUUGGAGAAGACAUCUAUGUAGGGACUCUGUCUAUUUGGGAUAUGAAGGACUCGGAGUAUGGUGACUAUACUUGCCAAGCCCGAAAUCGAGUUGGAGAAGAUGAAAAGACUAUCAUUAAACUUGUCAAGAAAAGUCCUCCAGAGAGUCCUAUCAAUGUCAGUACAAUUGAUGUUAAUUCUGAUCGAAUCUCCAUAAAAUGGGUUGAAGGGUUCAAUGGUGGUUUCUCAAACACAGAAUUUUUAAUCAAUUAUGUAAACUUGAAAACAGGAAAUACCAAAAAUUUGUCUUGUCAUGAUCAAAAUCCCUGUCAAAUUACAGAGCUUCAAUCAAAAACAGAUUAUAAGUUCAAAGUAAGAGCUGUUAAUCCACGUGGUUAUAGUCCAUACUCUGAUGAAAUAGUUGUUUCCACAAAAGUAAACAUGAAAGAUAUGCCUCGAGCUACUGUUGCGCAGUAUGACAGAGAAUCUCGCCAUGUGUUCUUUAGAGUGAAUCCUACAGUCUUCAAUUUACUUGCCAAGGUGGAAGCUAAACAAAAUUGGGAAACUGAAUGGCACCUGCAAAAAACUAUUCCUGUUGAACAUGAAGAAAUUGAAAUCUAUUUAGAUCCAUCUGGUGAAGAGUUUUAUGAUGUACGAAUUGUGUUGUGUCUUCUGAGUAAUGAGUCUUGGUGUGGAGAUGAAAAAUUAGCAGAACCCUAUGUUGAUGGUGUUCCUCAAGUACUUGGAACCAAACCAUUGCUGUCUACAGCUGUUAUGGUUGUUAUUGCAGCAGUUGCAGCUGGAGCCUUUCUGUUAUUAGUGGUUAUUGUAAUCUGUUGUUGCUGGAAGAAAAGAGGCAAAAAAGCUAACAAGAAAGAUUAUGAAAUGAAGGGAUCAGAUGCGCAACCAAAGACAAUAUCACCUCCUUAUUACCCAGACAGUAAUACCGGUAAUAAAAUUGUAGAAGGAAAUAUGGAUGAUAUCAACAAGGCUCCCAUGUAUACAACUUCUAUUCAAGGACUUAAUGGACAUCUUCUGCCUAGCCAACAUCAUGCUAAUGGGAUGAUGUACUUGCCAGAACGAGACCCAAGUGGUAAUGACAGUCAUUCUGAUCUAUGGAUGAAAUCUGAGGGAGAAUUACCUCGCGAAGGUUCAUACCAUACAUAUGAUGGUGGAAUACCUAAUGGUUACUAUUACCCAGAAGACUACCAACCAUUGACAGAAGACGUCAUGAAUAUGAAGAAUAGAGAACAUUUGCAUUCACCUUAUUAUGAUGUUAGUGGAUUGCCAGAUCCAUAUGCUAUGGGUGAAGAUGAUAAAACUCAGCAGAUCUCCUUGAGUUUUGAUGAAAGUUUAGAAAGUGGAUACUCAACCCCUAACUCUCGCAACCGUCGGGUUGUGCACGAAAUUAUUGUUUAAAAUGGUAUUUGAUAACCAAAAGAUAAUCUGUCCAAAGGAAAGUUAAAAUGUCAGUCCUGGAUUAAUGUGGUUACAAGAGUUGCCUUAAGAAUGAACUUGUAGUAUAUUUUUUCUGUUAUCAACUUCUUUAAUAGGUGAAUGAACCAUAAGUUGAAAAAAGGCAAAGGGUGCUAUGUAAAAACGUCGAUGAUUGGUGAAGCACUUCUAACAUAAUGAAAACACAUGUUGACUUGCAUUGUUCUGAUCAGAGAAAGUAAAUAAAUGAUCAGACUGUUGCUGGAAUUGUUCUUCAUUGUGGAAGAGAUGAGGUUCGUGUCAUAAAGUAAUUCAACAGACUGUCGUAGCUAUAAGCUAUGAAAUUACAAAUCUCAAGCUCAAGAACUUCUAUAAACAUUCCUUUAUAGUGGCUCACUUAUGGAAAAUGUACAUAAGACUUGUAAGAUAGUAUUAGACAAUGUGUGAGCUUUAUUUUUUUCCAGGACAGACUUUCACAGAGUUUGUAAUUAUACUUGUGCCCGUUUUUGAUGUAUGAUUACAUCAGUGUUUUAUCUUUGAACUUCAGUUUUGUAAUGACAUAUAUAUAUGGUUUCAAAAUGCAUCAAAAUAAUUAAAUACAAGAUACUCAUCAUAUCCGCAUGGUGCUGAUUUGUUGUUUUGGUGCUUGAGUUGAUGUUUUAAAUCCAGUUUCACCACAGAGUUGGUUGUGGUCUUGUACCAUUUUUAUCUGUUUAGCAGAACUUAGGCUAGAAGAUUUUUUGUGCCAUGUUUGAAUAAGAUACUAAAUGUAAUUGCCUUGUUAUUUAGCUAUACAGUGGUGCUCAAGGUUCCGUUAUUGUUAAAUGCUUUAUACCUCUUAUAUGUUUACUAAAAAAAAUUUUAAUUUUUUUGUUUAUUUUGCUUGAUUUGACCUUAGAGUUAUGUAAAGUAUAUACAUUACAUGAAUUCCUAAAUGUUCAGGAUAAAAAGAUCAGAACUGUCAAGUAAACUGAACCACAUAAAAUAUCUUUUUCUUUGUUUUACUUCACAGAACUAAUUUUCUUUUUUGUGGUACAUAAAAUAUUUUUGAAACUUCAAAAUUCAAAACAACCAAAUGUUUGAUAGUUUUAACUAUCAUUUUAAAGUCGAGCAUCAUAUAGUGUGUUAAACAUAAAUAGUGCGAUAACUUAUAUUUUUUAAAAUUCAUAUUUCAUUUAAUUACACACAAACUUCCUUUAUUUUUAUAAUUGUAUUAUAUGUACAUUUUAGUAGUUUAUUUUACAUCUAGCUUAACUUCCCAUAAUCAACAUUGUUAUUAGUUGCAUUUAGAAAGUAAUGUCCUUCCUACUUCAUUUUGAAAAGCUUUUUUUUUUUAAUUGCAUGCAAGUUCAUGUCACAUUUAAUGUUAUUCCUUUUUUUAGUAUUUUUGAUACUAUAGAAUGCAAUUUUGUUUUGAAUUGGGGAUAGUUUGUUCCAUAACUUUUGAAAAGUUUAAUAUCAAUAAUUUGUUAGGUAUGAAUGUACCCAAUUUUUUUUUUUUUUUUUUAAAAUUGAGAUGUUUUCUACAAGUGAAAGUUUUACUUGCAUUCAAGUAAACAUUUCUAUCUGAUAAAUGGUCUCAGUCAAAUGAUUGUCAGUUUACUUACAUACUUUAUAGUUUUCCAAAUCGUUAUCGAUUCCUUGUUUAGGAGGAGAUAUGAACAGCACAUUCAUCUUGCAUGACAUCACAAAUGAUAUAAAAUUACUUGCUGUCUUUGUGUUGAAAUUGUUUAAUUACUUGAUUUGUACAAAAUAUGUGGUUUUUUAAAGUUUUCAUUAAUUGCUUAGCAAUCCUUGUGUUUGUAUUGGGAAACUGGAUGUAAAUAAUUCUGGUCACAUACUAUUAAAACAAACAUCUAACUACUCUAAGUUGAUAAUUUAUUAUAAACAAGAAACCCAACUUGGAA